CCCCUCCUUUUCUCUUUUUAGUAAGGGGGUGGAGGGAUCGUGAGAAACCGCGAGGAAGCCGAUCUGAGGAGAUCCGGACUUCCCCCGUCUUGCCGCUUUCUCCGAAAGGACUGCCCCCCCUCCCGGCGCACUCCCCCCCUCUCCAGACCCUGGCAAUUGACAUUACUUAAGAGGAGGGGGGUCCCCUCCGGCGGGGGGAGGGCGGAGAAAAGCAAAGCAGAGCGAGACCUGUUUCCCCCCCUUUCGGUGUUUUGAUUUUUUUUUUUAAAUCUUAUUUUUAAUUUUUGCGGCGGUUGUCGCGGCUGGAACUAGCGAGCGUUUAGGAGGCAAAGAAGCCCGAGGGAGGAAAAAAGAAAGAAGCCACCUUGAUUAGGACUGUCAGGAAUAGUGGCUUCAGCCGAAGAAAGGCCUGGGGCACGACUCCCUGUCAACGAGUUCCCUGCAUCCGAGAUAAAGAUUCCAGCUACAUGGGCAAACGCUUGGAACAGCAGCCAAUGUUCCCUCAGUACACAUACUACUAUCCCCAUUAUCUCCAAACCAAGCAUUCCUAUGUACCAGCUCCCCACCCCAUGGCUCCUCCCAGCCCCAGCACUAACAGUAGCAACAACAAUAGCAACAACAGCAGCGGCGAACAGUUGAGUAAAACCAACCUGUACAUCCGAGGCCUUCCUCCCGGCACCACUGACCAGGACCUGAUCAAGCUGUGCCAGCCGUAUGGAAAAAUUGUAUCUACAAAAGCAAUCCUAGACAAAAACACAAAUCAGUGCAAAGGUUACGGUUUUGUAGAUUUUGAUAGUCCAGCAGCCGCACAGAAAGCCGUAGCAUCUCUUAAAGCAAAUGGUGUGCAAGCUCAGAUGGCUAAG